AGUUCAACACUGUUGCUUCUCUUUCUCUAACUUAGGAACAUUUAGAAACCGGAAACCACUCGUUGCACGGUGAAGGCUUCCAGCAGGUAAGCAUGGCACUGUCUUUGUCCUCCCCGUGCGUGUGCCCCUUCGAUGAGGAGGAGGAAAUCGCCGUGUUUGAGUCGACGGCAGCAGAAUUCGGGGGCCUUGCACGACCACGUCAUCCUGAGCUCUCUGUGAUUUCCCCUGGACUUGAUCCACGGCCGUCCAUUUUAGAGCCGAAACUAUCAGUGAAAUCUGGAUUGGUGAGACAAGGAAGUGGUGGUGAAGGAAAUGCAGACAGGGUGAAGGUGUAUCUGCGCAUUCGACCUCUUACUGAGAUGGAGAGAGAGAGGGGAGAAGAACAGGGUUGUGUGGCUGUCCAGGAUGAAGAGACUCUGCUGCUCAAAGCUCCAAAAGAGUCUCAGAACAUGAGGACUGCAGAGAGGGGCAUCACCCAGAGCAUGCACAAGUUCAGUUUCUCUAAGAUCUCUGGAGCAGAGACCACACAGCAGCAGUUUUAUGAGAGCACAAUGAAGAAGAUGGUGAAAGACGUUCUUCAGGGAGAAAACAGACUCCUCUACACUUAUGGUGUCACCAAUUCUGGAAAGACGUACACCAUUCAGGGCAGUGGUCGAGAGUCAGGCCUCCUGCCCCGAGCUUUAGCGUCUCUCUUCAGGAAACUGCAGGGUCGCCUCUACGGUGCCAUGGACCUGAAGCCUGUCAUGUAUCAGGAUGUGAAACAGCUGGAACCCAGUGAGGUCAGGGUGGAGGAAAUCCGCAGAAACUCUCUGCUCAAAGAGGAUGAGAGUUUGAUUUCUCGUCGAGGUGGUACCACCACAAACGGGGACAGCGGUCUCGGGGGCCUCUCCUCUACCAGUCACAUGGCCAGCUUGCUAGACGACACAGACAGUGUGUGUCUGGAGCCCGACAGCCUUUCACACACUGGAGGGGACGACCUGGAGGAAGGCAUGCAUUUCUCUAUCUGGGUUUCCUUCUAUGAGAUCUACAAUGAGUUCCUCUACGAUCUGCUGGAUGUGUCGCCCUCCAUGCAGCCCAAAAAGAGAGCCACGCUGAGGCUCAGUGACGACAAGCAGGGCAACCCUUAUGUGAAAGAUCUCUCCUGGAUCCAGGUCCGCAGUGCCGAGGAGGCGUGGAGGAUUCUGAGGGCCGGGCGUCGCAACCAGAGCUUCGCCAGCACUCACCUAAACCAAAACUCCAGCCGCAGCCACAGCAUCUUCUCCAUCCGUGUCCUGCACAUCCGCCCAGAGGCCAUUUCAGGCCAGACCAUGCACAUCAGCGAACUGACCGUGUGUGAUCUGGCUGGGUCUGAGCGCUGUAAAGAGCAGCGCAACGGAGAGAGGAUGAAGGAGGCCAACAACAUCAACACCUCCCUUUUAACACUGGGACGCUGUAUUGCUGCUCUGAGGAACAACCAGAACAACAAAUCCCGGCCUCCUCAAGUGGUGCCCUUCAGGGACAGUAAACUGACCCGGGUGCUGCAGGGUUUCUUCUGUGGCAGAGGAAGCUCCAGCAUGGUGGUCAACAUCAACCCAUGUGCCUCCAUCUAUGACGAGACCCUCCAGGCCCUCAAAUUCUCUGCCAUCGCUACUCAACUGGUUCACGGCCCAUCCACAAAGACCAGAGUGGCCUACAUCCUGUCUCUGCUGCGUGAGCCGAACGGACAUGGUAACGACAGCACGGUGCUGGAAACGGAUGAGGAUGAGAGCGAUGCCGAAGAUGGAGAUAUCACCAUGUUAAAUACUGAGGCCUUACUUCAGGCCAUUGAUGUUCUGAAGAGAGAGGUGCAGCGCCAGCGGGAAGAGAAAGAGGCUCUUGAAGCAAAUGUGAGGGAGCAGGUGGUCUCCGAGAUGAUGGAGGUCAUCACUGGGAUGCAGGAUGGCUUCAGUGAGACCCUGGAGGCAGAAAUGGCUCUGAUUGAAGAGCGGUGCGAGGACAAGAUCACCAACCUGCAGAAGCAUUUGAAGAAAUUUUACAGUGAGGAGCUGCAGGAGCGUGACCAGGCCAUUGAAGCUUUGUCUGAGGCCCUUGAAAAAUACAAGGAUGGUGGAUCAGUGUCCAUGCUGGUGCCAGAGGAAGAGGGGCCUCGGCGUUCUCGGCGCCUCACCACUCGGACAGAACCCGUCAAGCUGCAGGCCGACUUCAACCAGUGCCGCGCCGAGCUGUUCACCAAGACGCAAGAGUUGACAAAGCUUAAGAUGCAGCUGGAAGUGCCGGGCUCAUCAGGGACCCUCACCAGUGCUGCUGACCGCAAGCUCGAGGAGGGUCAGCGGAACCUGCGUCAGCUGCGUCUGGAUUUGCAGAGGCUGGGGGUGGACCUCCAGUCUGCUGAACGAGCGUGCUGUCGCAACACAGGGGGGGAGCGACUGCGUCAGAUGUUAAAUGCUACAGAGGAGACCCUCGCCAAACAGGACCAGAUCAUGGCGGAGCUGCAUAACGGCCUGACGCUGGUCAAAGCCGACUUGAGGCGGAAGGCGGACGCCCUGGCUCAGAUUCACACAAGCCAGCCCCAGCUGCCCCCGUGUGGCUUCUCUCCCUCCCCUGCACCAGGAUCCUGUAAGAGGAAGGACUGUGGGGCCACUGCAGCAUUUAAUGCUGAGAACCGGCCUCCACAGAAACGACCAUUUUUCCAGACCCUGUUCCCGACACGCACCCCAACACGUAAAUGCAACACUCGUGCUGUUGAGGAGGGAAACUUCACCCCCUACUCGCGGAUCUUGCGGUCUCGUCAGCAAUCGCCACCUCGCAGCCCGGCCCCCACCCCUCGUAGUCUCAGGGGGAAGUACUGAGCUCACCUAAGGCUCAGGAAAUCAUAUUUUUUUAUAUUAUGCAAAAGUCCUACCUGCUGGUAACUUUAUAGUAGUUUUAUAUUGGUUUUAUAUAUACUCACUUUGCAGUGCAGUUAACUCACUGUUAUGCCAAAUACAGUUAUAAUGUUCAUGUCAGUGCUUUAAAUAAGGUCGCAGUAAAGUACCUAGGCAAUGGAGGUUUCCAUGAGCAGUGUGAUAGUUGUGGACUGUAUGGUGAUAGAACAUUGGUGGAAUUUGUCUUCUCUGCUUCUGAAAUUCCUCCACAAGCCUUUAUUAUGAGUAUCUUCAGUUUUCACAACAAAAUUAGAUAGCAUAAUUUAUU